AUGGUCAUCACGCGUGAAAUAAAGGAUGAAAUAAAAAACGCAGUAAGUAGUGCACUGAAUUCGCUAUUGACCGAAGACUUCAUAAAUAAGAUAGCUGAAAAAGUAACUGAUUCUGUCUUAACCAGUUUGAAUAGAAAACUAUCAAUGCUAGAACAAAAAGUCAGUGAUAUGGACACUCGUUUGAAUACAAUAGAUUCGGAAAAUAGUACAGUCAUACACAGUCUCAAAUCGGAAAUAAAAGAACUGAAAAAGGAAAACGUUACUGUCCUCAAAAGGUAUGAUUAUCUCGAGCAAGAAACAAAAAUGAGUAAUCUAAGACUCUUCAACCUCGAAGAAUCUGAAUCAGGCAACACCAAAAAUGAGGUAAUAAAACUGCUCAAUAGUAAAAUGCAACUACAACUUAAAGAAAAUGACAUAAGUGUGUGUACGAGAGUAGGAAAAAAUACCGCCAACAACGAAAAACCAAGGGGUAUCUUUAUGAAGCUGAGUAACCCAUCAAUUCAACAAAUGAUUUACAAAAACAAAAAAUUACUCAAGGGUACCGGAGUCGUCAUGAAAGAAGAUCUCACCAUUCAUAGAUUGAACCUAAUGAAAAAAGCCAUCGAGAAAACCUCGAUAAGAAGUGUAUGGACUUUCUCUGGAAACAUUUAUGCCACUAAAAACAAUCAAAAGUUCUCUAUUAAAAAUGAAUGUGAUCUAAACAAACUAUGA